AUUCCGAUUCAAGGUGUGAUUGGAGUCCAAAAAAAAGUAUUAACCAGCACAGGUCAGUACACCGACUUCCUGCCCCAACUGAUUAAGUCAGAAGGGCCUGCUUGAUUGGCAAUUAGGGACAGGUGAGGAGAACAUCACUGAAAAAUAACCAGCAAACAAAAAUGUGGACAUGAAGGAAAAUAAUUGAGAACCACUGUUCUAUAGAAGUUAAUAUAAAUAUCGUAAAGCAACAAAUGAAAAAUUGUGAUGAUGAUGUCAUGCAGUCUUUGUUGUACAUAAAUACUGACACCAGCGGGAAAAUGAAUCCAUUCUCGGUGGCAAUGAGGUCUGAAAAGCCAGAAUAACGUCAGUGUCCUUGGGAGCUGAAGAGCGAUGCCGAUGCUGGUGAGUCACAGGCUGACUUUAUAACGUCAAGCAGAGCAGUUUUUCUCUUUAGUGGUCACCUGGAGGGACACGGAAGAUGUUUACCAUGAAGUCUUUCUGUCUGAUCUUCUUCGUCCCGCUCUUGGUGUCCAAAGGGUCUUCAGCAGUCAUCACAGGGGCGUGUGAAAAGGACUCCCAGUGUGGAGAAGGGACGUGCUGUGCAGUGAGUUUGUGGAUCCGCAGCCUGCAUAUGUGCACGCCGAUGGGCGAGGAAGGAGACGAGUGUCACCCCUUGAGCCACAAAGUUCCUUUCUUGAGGAUAAGACUUCACCACAUGUGUCCAUGUCUUCCCAGGCUGCGCUGCAUCACUGUAGAGGAAGGACGAUCUAAAUGUCUCUCACCCUACAUAGAGCAAGACUACAUCUGAGCACACUAUUUUCUCUUUGACUACC